AGCCUGCCUCAGGCUCCAGGCCCCAUGCCUUUUUUAGGCUGUCGCCUCCACACUUGCUAAAAACGACGGGUCGGGACUUCCUACAGUAAGCUUCCUCAUCCACUCAUCCACAAUCCACCGACUUUCUCCCCCCUCUUCCCGUUUUUCCUCUCUCUUCCUUUCCGAGCUCCUUGGCUCCUUUGGGCGGAAACAUCAUGGACCAGCGGCAACCUCCCCAUCAGCACCCAUUCUCGCGAAGCGUCAUGUCGCCGUACUCUCCGUCCACGUCGUCUCAAUAUCAUCCUACCUCAAAUGCCGCCUCCGCCCCAGCUUCAGCUUCAGCGUCAGCACCCGCAAAUGCUCCGAAUCACCCCCCGUAUCCACCCACAGCCGUCCAUCCGCCGCGUCCAAAUGCUCAGUAUCCCGAUCCGCGCAGAUCGGCCGAGAACCACUACUAUUCUUCGGCCUCGCGACCUCACCCGACCGACCCAACCCCGAUAGGCCCGCCUCCUGGUGUUGGUCACUCGCGUCAUCCGAGCGCGUCCUCUCUCCCUUCUGCGCCUCCGUCUUCGAACCGCACCAUGCCACCACCAGCUUCGCCUCCGCAACCGGGCCCCUCUCAGCAGCAGCAGCAGCAGCAGCAGCAUCAACAACAACAACACCAACACCAACAACAACAUCACCAACAGGGGCAACAGCAACCACACCAACAACAACAUCACCAGCAGGGGCAACAGCAACCACACCAACAACAACAGCAGCAUCAGCAUCAGCAACAACAACAUGCAUCUCAUCAAGUCGGUCAUUAUGGCCUACCGGCUCCCAGAGCCCCACCCGUUUCCGUUGGCCCGCCCGCGUCCUUCCCUGGCGGUCGCGAACUACCCUCUUUAGGGCCGGCGGGGAGGUCAAGCAGUACCGGCAGCUCCAUGUCCAUAUCUUCUAUGCUAGGAGGACCGUCUUCCGCAUCUAGAGAUGCCGCUCCGCCACCGCCCCAGCCACCACAUUCCAACCCAUACGCUUCCGCACCGCAGACAUCAAACUCCUCAGCUGCCGGUCCGACCUUUGCCCCGUCGAUCCAGGCUUCACCUAGGCUGCCAUCCGCGUCGUCCGAAUACCCUCCUUUCCGAAGACCUCAUACCCCAGAUCUUCCUCACCCGCGACCCUAUGACCCCAGAACGAACGUUGCUGCUGCUUCACCGCAAACCGCCUAUUCAACUACCCCCGAGGCACAGCGUUACAACACUCCCCAGGCACUCCACCACCGAGCCCCACCGCAACCAGACGUCGGUGAGUCGAGUCAUCCGCCGCACGGUGCGCCUCCGCCCCGACCGAACAGCCAGCCUAAAUCGUUAUCGACAUACGCGAAUGGCCCACCGACCCGUCCUAUCGGCGGUCCGAGAGGCCCCGAAGACAGCUACCCACGACGGGAAGAAGUUCACCGAGGCUCAAUGGAAUACAAGGAAUACAAUCCCGAACGGACGGGACUCAAGCCCUUCGGCUUCGAUGACCGAUUUCGCAGCGAGCGGGAACGGCGUGAAGAGAUGGAAUUUCGCGAGAGGGAGCGGAGGGAACGAACAUAUUCUGCAGGGGAGGGAGUCGGUGGCCAUGCUCACCCCGCUGCUCAUCCCCCUGCUGCGCACGCCUCUCAUCAAGGAGACUACCGUCCCCACGAAGUCCAGAGGCCCCAGCCACCGCCAGCACCAUUUGGCCGCCCGGCGGAUCAUCGCGACCAGGGCUCCUGGCAGAGAACCGCUUACGACCAGUCGAGGGUCCCGUACGACCCUGCCGGCUUCUACCCGCGUCGACCGCCCGAGCCACCUUCCACCUCCGGGCCCCCGUCCUACGCCGGUCAACACGCCCCGUCGUCCUACUCUCAACAACCGACUCCUGACCGGCAAGGCCCAGCCCCCUCCCACCCGGGUCCUGCACAUUCCUUGCCCCGCCCGACCCAGCCGCAACCAUACGAGUCGCCGGAGCGGCCCCAGAUCAAUCUCCUUCACCCUCCAUCCCAACCUGCUGCGCCCAACAACCCCAGGAGGCCGCACGAAGAAGGCCCGCCGCCUCCUCCUUCGCUUGCCUAUAACGCCGCACAUGGCGCUGCUGCCGCCGCUCUCUACGAUGCUUCGAGGAGUCGCCCCGCCGAAGAUGGACACCAUCACCCGCCUACCGUUCAGAGAAAUCUACUCGCGAUCCAAGAAACCCACCGCAAGGGACGCACGUCGCCUCUUCCACAGGCUGUCCAGGGUGCCCAGCCCCAACUUCCAGGUCCGGCAGGUGAGCCGGGCAUCAAGAGCGAGUUUGGUCGCAUGUUCUCUGGUAUUGGGAGCGGAGCCAGCGGCAUCCUUUCUGCUCCUUCCGCCCCCACCAGCGACCAGGGGCCUGCUUAUGGGGGUGGUCCGGCGGGUCUGGCCAGACGCGAAGAGGUCGACGGGGUCUCGCAACACGACUCGGGCACAGACGGCGGCCCAGGAGGCAAGCCGACCAAGGGGCGAAGGAGGAAGUUGAAGGAUGCGCCCGACCUGAAAGCAGAGGACGAUAAUAGUGGGAGACUCACCCCUGCCGGCUCCGCUAUCGGCCGCAACAGCAAACGCCCCAAGACGAACGCGCACCAACACCACCACCAUCACCACCACCAUCACCAUCACCAUCAUCACCACCACCAUGCGGCGGCGGCGGCGACCCGGCCACAAGUGGGCAUGGCCAAAGAGUCGUCCCUAGGCAAGGCGCCGGCGAGCCCAGCGCCAGCCAUUCCUCCCAAACCCAGGACGAUCGUAUCGUCCAAGGAAGUGCUGCAGUCGGUGGCGGACCGUCCGCGCACGCACCUGGGCGACGUCCUCUACGAAGCGAAGCUCCGGCCGGCGCGGCACCUCCAGAAGCACCCUCCCGAUCAGGGCUUCUCGUCGACGCCCACGCCGCUGCCCUGGAAAUUGAUCCAAGGCCAAGAGAACUGCACGUUAACGGUCAAGGUGGCGCGGGCCCACCUGACACCCAGCGCACGAGAGGAGAUUACGAGCCGCAGGGCGCUUUGGGGGACGGACGUGUACACGGACGAUUCGGACGUGAUCGCGGCGUGCAUCCACGGGGGCUGGAUACGCGGGGAGUGGCCGGACGGGGUGGACGUCGGCCUCCUGGACCUGGACCGGGGUUUGUCGCAACAACAGGACGAGGGCGCCGUUUUCCCGCCCAAGAAGCGCAAGGAGAAGGAGCGGGAGGAGCAGGCGCGGCGCGAGGCCAACGCGGCGACGUACCUGGACAAGCCGCCCAAGACGGGGCCGGUGCAUGUGCGACCGGACCGCGACCUCCACGUGACGGUGCUGAUCCUGCCGAAGCUGGAGAGGUACGCGAGCACGACGCGGUUCGGGAUGCAGUCGCGCGAGUGGGGGGGCACGUACCACGGGCGCAAGUCGGUGCACGACGGGAUCAGCUUCAUGGUGGUGGCGAUGCGGUGGGUGGAGAACGGGGCCGGGGCGCAGAGCCGGCUGCGCGGCAGGGGGCGGAGGGAACGGAUCCGUAGGGCCAUGGCGGAGGUGAAGAGGGUUGAUUGGCCCGAGCCGAACGGGGAGGGGGAUUCCGAGCGCGUCACGUACGUCGAUGGGGAGGCGCUAGCGAACAGCUGGGGGAAGCAGCGGGCGAUGAUGAGGCAGAAGCCCGUGUCCGUUGUCGUGGUCGCCGCAGAGGGAUCGGACGGCGCGGACGACAGGGGAGACAACAAGGGUGGGCUGAGCGAGGGUGAUAAGGAGAACAGGCCGGUGGAUGGGAUGGGCAGGGAGUCUGUCGAGGCGGAGAUGCGUCGCGCUAGGAGCGAAGGAGGGGAGCGGGGUGGUGCGGUGGAGGUUGACGAGAGGUCGAAGAGUCAUUGAUUGAGUCGGUGACGGGAGGUGUAAGGGAGAAAGACCAUUGUCUAUUGCUUUUGUUGAUUUCCCGGGGGGGGGGGUUCUUCCUUUUUUUUUUUUCCACUAUUACCCCUUUCCGAGCCGGUUGAUUUCUCCCUCAUUUUAUGGAUGGGGGAAUGGCAAGGAUGGGAAGGCGACGGCGUUCGUGUGAUGGAUGUAAAGCUACUCUACAUUUACAGAUUCCCAGUUUUGAGAAGAUGGCACCAACCUUUUUUCUGUGCAUUUGUAGACUAAGAAAGUAAUCUGACAAGGCCGUGCCAUUUUGAAGGCCGU